GUCAUCGCGAACAGUGAGCUCGCUGGGCGACUCGUCAAACAAAAUGGCGUGCUCGCUCUUGUCCAUCCCUACAGUAUCCCUUCUUUUGCUCUCUCUGAUUUCAGCAGUACCCGUCCUGGCGUCCAGUGUCUUCGUCUCGGUUGAACUAGCAACACAACUCCCAUUUGUUGCGCGCAUCGGCGAGAACUACCUUUGGGCCAUUUCCAACAGUACAUUUAGCGGCUGCAGCGACGUGUUGAAUCUCUCGACCUCGAGCUUACCUGCAUGGCUGUCUUUUGACCGCGACUCAACCACAUUCUAUGGGAAACCGAUGGCGGAUGACGGAAACGACUCGAGCAUUGACAUUACAGUGACUGCUCGAGGCUGCGAUUCCUCUGCCUCUUCAUCUUUCUCUCUUUUCCUUACAUCCAACCCUGCGCCUACUCUUAACACUCCCAUUGCAUCACAGUUUCGAACUUCUAAUCCUUCGCUAUCAUCUGUAUUCGAAAUCAACGCAACUUCUGCGUUGGCGACGCCGAAUCCUGCACUACGGAUCCCACCAAAAUGGUCUUUUAGCAUCGGCUUUCAAGGAAACACCUUCACGUCACCGAACCGUCUGUAUUACGCGGUGUUGCAAGCAGACGGCUCGCCUAUUCCCUCUUGGAUGCGGUAUAGCUCCCAGGAAUUUACUCUCGGAGGCGUUACUCCGAUAAGGGAUUCUUUGCCUCUACCUUCUACAUACAGUCUGGUCCUGCAUGCAUCAGAUGAAGAAGGAACAACGGCGAUACAACAACAGUUCGAUAUUGUCUUAGCUGAUCACGAUGUUUCUUUAUCUCGUUCAGUUCUCCCUACCAUCAACAUCACUGCCGACACACUUUUCAACCUGGCUCUAAACUCGUCGCUUGAUUUCUUGGGUGUUUUAGUAGAUGGCAAACCAUUCCAACCCGAAUAUCUAGCUGAUCUGUUGGUCGACACGUCUUGCUGUCCAUGGUUAUCGUAUGAUCACAAGACGAGGCAUCUGUCUGGAAAUCCCGCUUCGGACUUUCAGGCCUGCGAACCGGUUCUUCCCGUCAAGCUGGUCACCAUCUUUAACGAGACGCUCCAGACGAACAUUUCCAUGGCGUUGGUGCCUUCCUAUUUUUCUACGGACGCGAUACCGGCUAUCGUUGCCGGCAAAGAUGGACACUUGCAAUUUGAUCUGAAGCCUUAUUUCUCUAACACCAGCGGACCGAAUGAUGUUGACUUGAGCACUUCCUAUGAUCCUAAUGAGGCCGGUAACACAGUGUACUUCGAUGGUCAAACCGCCGUGCUGAAUGGCACCAUUCCAAGCACCUUUUCCAAGAAGCCUAUUAACGUCACAUUCGCUGCGUAUUCCCGUAUUACACAUUCAACUUCACACACCAGUGUUUCCAUCACCCUUUCUCCUUCCGAUCACAAAUCAGAGGAUUUUGAUGGCUCGGAUCACCAUGGCGGUCUCUCUGCUCACGCUAAGCUUGUACUGGGACUGAGCAUAGCUUUCGGGGUAGUUGGUGGAAUGCUUGGUCUUGGAAUUCUUUUCGUAUUGUUCAGGCGUUGUGCGCGAAUUGAAGAUACGGCUUUGGGAGGCCAAAUGGGUCAGCAAGCUUCGUCUGAUAAAUGGUAUGGUAUCGAAGAAGGAAAGGGAUACCGGUAUUCAGAGAAACCGCCAGAGCAUGCUCGAAGCCCUCUCAACUACGGAAAUCUUGGUCUACAUCGCAUGUUGGAGAGAAGUCACUCCGAUCUAUCGUCCAAUGAUGGCAGUGCUACCACGCAGAGUCCCGGAGUAAUGAGCAAACGGGAGUUCAGUACGAGGAUUCGAGAAACCGUACGAACCGUCAGUGACAAAUAUGCACGAUCACGGCGAGCUCCUCAGGCCCUCAGUCUGAACCGACCAGUCAUUGGAAAACCAAUAUUAAUUUCUGAGGUUCCGGUUUCUGGUUCUCCUCCUGAUCCUUUCAGCGAUUUCGACUCGGGUCCUGGCAGCAGUUUUUUGACGAGAACGUCAUCGUCCUCCGAUGAUGGCUUUAUUCCCCAGAGGCGACCUGACUGUUUAACUCGUUCUCCGCCCGCUGUUCAUCUCGAGGAUUGUCGAAAUGAAUCCAGGGACUCCAUCGCAUCGGUGGUCGCUCAUGUCGCCGAAUCUGUCGUGCAGACGGCGUUCAGGGCUAGCAUACGAAGCGACAUGUCUAUAUCUUCUGACCAUCAUGAACCUCUGCCGUCUCCUGUCGCACAGCGACCUCGUCUGGUACCUUUUACCAGUGCGAUGCGCGUACCAGUUCCCAGUAUGUCCAUGACAUCUCUUGAUUCUCCCCAAGGCAGUUUCGAGGGCCCUCAUUGGGUCCUGAGCCAGAAGGCGACGGUAGAGAAGCAGGAACAGACGCCAUCCCCACGUAUAAAGAAGAGCAGAAGCGGCGACGAACUUGCUAUUGGUAUUCACUGUGUGCAAGCGUUUGGCGUGGAAAAUCCUGUAAACACUGUUGGAUCGACGCUGACAGUUUCGACGAAUGUCCGGUCCUCAUUUUCUUCUCUAGAGUCUUCUCACCAUGGGCAUCAGACGGGCGAAAUAGAAGUGGUGAAAAUCGUAGCCAGAGUUGGGGAGCGGUUCAAAUUCCGGAUUGCCCUUGGGGCCACUUCUCCAGGCUCAUUUGGUGGAUCCCACAGAUUGCAAGCGAGACUGGUGUCUGGGCAAAUGUUACCGAAGUUCUUGCAUGUUGAUCUUAAUGGGAGACGAGGAUCGGGCGCCGUUGUGUUUUACGGUGUGCCCAGCACCGGAGAUACCGGAGAGUUUGAUACGGGCGUCUACGACGGUAAUAUAUGUGUAGGCCGACUCUACUUGGAAGUCAUUGGCAGGGAAUGAGAUCUCUCACCUUCCUCUUUUUUAUUCUAUUUUCUUGCGGACUAUAACAUGUAUCAAGAGACCUUAUCCAGUACUAGUACUCAGUAACCUCCCUACCAUCUGUAUCCUACAUAGU